UUUGUAUCUCAGAAACCUCAUCUUUCGAAGAAACCAAAAGCAAACCAGAUUCCCAGCGCCAUGGCUUGCUGUGUCCCCUGCUGCUGCAGCGUCCCCACCGGCCCCGCCACCACCAUCUGCUCCUCUGACAGAUGCUGCCGGUGCGGAGUCUGCCUGCCCAGCACCUGCCCACACACGACUUGGUUACUGGAGCCAACCUGCUGUGACAACUGCCCCCCACCCUGCCACAUUCCCCAGCCCUGUGUGCCCACCUGCUUCCUGCUCAACUCCUGCCAGCCCACCCCGUGCCUGGAGACCAUCAACCUCACAACCUAUACCCAGCCCAGCUGUGAGCCCUGCAUCUCAAGCUGCUGCUGAGCGAUGGCUGCUUUGCUCUGUGCCUGACAAUGAAGAACCCAGAAGCUGUCUACUCAGUAUUCAUUUGCCUCAGUAGUUGAUCAUGAUGUUGAGGCAGACCAGAUGGGCCCAGAUAUGGAAAACCUACCUUUGAUUUUAAUGGAAAGAAAAUCAAGAAUUUCUUUAUGGUUAUUUGCCUGAAUAACCAUUUGGUUCAUUUGGGCAGGUGAACAUCAUCUAUUAUUGAAAUUCUAUUGAAAUCUGUAAGAACCCAGACUAUAUUUUCUUGGUCAUGUUGCUUCUUGGAUCCCAUUUCUUAUAGUGGAUAUUUUCACAGAGUAAAAAAAAAAAUUCUUGAUGGGUUUUCCAAUAAACUUUAUUUCUCUGGCAA